AUGUUGAAGAUAUGGUCCAUGAAAAAAGAGCAGCAGAAGGCGGAUAACGCCGACGCAGCUGCGGGCAAGAAGAAGAAGGUGACGGCCGCCCAACUUCGGGUCCAGAAAGAUCUGUCCGAGCUGUCCCUAGGCUCGACCAUGAAGACCGAGUUCCCCGACCCCGACGACAUCCUCAACUUUGUCCUCGCCAUCACGCCCGACGAAGGCUUGUACAACGGCGGCCGCUUCACCUUCACCUUCAACAUGAGCCAGAACUACCCCCACGAGCCGCCCAAGGUCCGCUGCCAGCAGAAGAUCUACCACCCCAACAUCGACCUGGAGGGCAAGGUCUGCCUGAACAUCCUGCGCGAGGACUGGAAGCCGGUGCUGAACCUGAACGCCGUUAUCGUCGGCCUUCAGUUCCUGUUCCUGGAGCCCAACGCGUCGGACCCGCUCAACAAGGAGGCGGCCGAGGACCUGCGGCAGAGCAGAGACAACUUCAGGCGGAACGUCAAGACGUCGAUGGGCGGCGGCUCGGUCAAGGGGAACCCAUACGACCGGGUGCUUGUGAACCACCACAGCUACUUUCACCCAUACUAUGACCAACGCGGUGGCUCCAGCGCCGGCCAAGAGGGCAAAGACUUCGAGGAGCACCAGGGCCGGCAAGACCAAGGCACCGUAGAAGGACGAGGAUGA